AUGUCGCAGCAGCACGGCGCCCGCAUCGUCGCGAACGCCGCUCUCAGCGAAGAAAUUGACGCCAUCAACGCCAUCUACGGCAGCAACGUCGCCGCCCCGGUCGGCGGCGGCAGCAGCAGCAGCAGCAGCAGCAACAACAACCGCUCCAACGACAACCCCGACCACCACCUCGUCCUGCAGAUCCCCGGCCAAUCCGUGUCGUUCCUCCUCUCCUUCCGCGCGGACUACCCAGACACGUGUCCGCGGGCCGAUGGCACGCACUCGACGGGCAAGCUGGGCAAGAAGGGCUCGGGCCAGCACGCCGUUACGCUCGUGCAGCAGACGCUCUCGAGCGUCUGGACGCGCGGCUCGCCCGCGGAAGAGUCUGUGGCCCGUCUCCCAGCAGCGGAAGAACAGGCGGCGAGAACGGGGUUGACGAGCGAUGCGGCGCGGAUCCCCGGUUCCGAGUGGAGCGUCUCGGACCCGAUCACGGAGAAGAAAAGCGUCUUCGUCGCGCGAUGCGCCAGCGUGGCGGGGAAAGGCGCAGCGGCGUCGGCGCUGGCUGAGCUGCUCGCGACGAACAAGAAGGUCGCGGCCGCGACGCACAAUAUCUCGGCGUGGAGGGUGCGGGACGGAGAGACGGGGGUCACGGUUCAAGACUGCGAUGAUGAUGCGGAUGGAUGUGUGGAAUGCGGUCGUGGUGGUGACGAGGUGUGGUAUGGAGGUGUCAAGCUGGGUGCGGAUCGGUUUCGACUGAUCAAUCAGGCGGCCAGGGAGGCGCUGCUUCGGGGUGGGUUUGUCAAGGUGGAAAAGGAGGAGGAGGAGGAGGAGAAGAAGGGUGGGAAGAAACGGGGCAAGAAGUAG